AUGACGGUCGGCGCUACCACUGGGGUCCUUCCUUCAAGGCUCGUCAUUGGCGUGCUUGCGCUGCAGGGCGCGUUUAUUGAGCACAUUCACUACCUCGAGCGCCUCGAUGUCAAGGGACACUACAUUACUGCGCUCGCUGUGCGCAACCCAGAGGAACUCGAGUCCUGCCACGCGCUCAUCAUCCCCGGUGGCGAGUCGACCGCCAUCACACGCGUUGCGGACCGUACCCCCGGCAUGCUGCCCGCAUUGCAGGCGUUCGUCGCCGACCCGUCGCGGCCCGUGUACGGAACCUGCGCCGGCAUGAUCCUCAUGGCCGACGCAGACGGUGUGGGCGGCGGCAAGCGCAAGAACGACGGCAGCGCAUGGGGCGGCAUGACGGGACUGCGGGUGUGGCGCAACCUGUACGGUGGCCAGCUCGAGUCGUUCGAGUUUCCGCUCCACAUCCCAUCGCUGUCAGAGCCCCACCGGCCCUUCAACGCCAUCUUCAUCCGGGCGCCGGCAGUGCACUCUCUCAAGCAGUCCAAUGCCGAGAUUGAGCGCCUGGCAUCGCUGCCGCCAGACUGCGUGCCGGCGCCGCCGCCGGCCGACUCGCCGCUCGGCGAGCCCGAUAUCGAGACCACCCCCGUGGUCAUGCUGAGGCAGGGCCGUAAGCUCGUCACGUCCUUCCACCCCGAGCUCAGUGGCGAUACCCGAAUCCACGAGUACUGGGUCAAGCACUGUGUUGUUGCUGCUCAAUGA